GAGCUGAGCGCAUGCGGAUUUCGCGGUUUUGUGUUCAAAACAUUUCGUUUCUAUUGCUUGCGGGCGUCUAAGACCGCUAGAGAGUCUGUGACGACGAUAAGAAGACAGCGAUAAAAAUCGCUACAAGUCAGCAUUAAAUGUUGUCAUUGUUGUUGUUGCUGUAGUUUGGGCAUCUUUUGUUUAAGCCCCGCACGAGUUGUUGUUGCUACUUUUUUGUAUCGCGCUUUGCUGUUUGCGAAUUUUGUUGCUCGCGCGCUCUAAACUUGAAUUUUAAAGCUGAUCCGCAAAAAAAAACAACAAAAAACAAAUAAAAAUCAAGCUUCAAAAUAAAAACAAAAUACAUAAAAACAUAUGCUGAUGUUAGCAUUGUGUUGAGCUACAGUGAAGUGUCUGUCGAGAUACUUUAUCUAUAUUGUCCUGGAUUAAAUAUAUUUCGAGUAUCUCGGCUGAUCAUGUGCUAAAGGCAACUUUAAAUAAAAAUAAAAUUCUUAGUACUACCGACUACGAUUCAAAAUGUUGGAUAAGCAAAGCUCAAUUUCGGUUUCCGGCUCCUGCUGCAGCUCGAAUGCGACAAACGUCGAUCUGGACUACGAUGUGCCCGUCUCCAGGCGCAUACACAUCAAAUCGAAACUUUAUGCAAAGGCUAUUUAUGAUAAUUAUGCCGACUCGCCAGACGAAUUGCCCUUCAAAAAGGGCGACAUACUCACAGUCAUCGAACAGGACACCGAAGGCAUCGAGGGCUGGUGGCUCUGCUCGCUGCGCAACCGACAGGGUCUUUGUCCGGGCAAUCGACUGCGCAUCCUGAACUCAUACGACUCCGGCUGCUUCUCACCAUCGCCGGCCAGCUCGCCCAUACCCUCGCUGGCGGCCAGCACAGCGACGCUGAACAGCUCCAUUUGCUCAACGGAUAUCUAUGAGAACGGUUCCAUCAUCAGUGCAACUGGCUCAGCGGCGGUUAGCAACACGGACUCGCAGUCAUCCAACUCCUCCUCCUCCUGCCUGGGCAGGCGACUGUGGCAGGCAUCGCCGCACAAGGUCAUAACGCCUCAGCGGCACGGUGAUGUGUACAUCUAUAACGGUUCAUCGCCCAGUUCAUUGGCGACACCACGUUCGGCGCAUCCGCAACAGAUUUACAGCAACCAAAGUGUGUAUCAAAAUCUCGGAAUGAUGGGCACACCGCAUAGCAAUGGCAAUGCCUGUGGCAGUGGCAGCGAGUUCGAGACCUACGAUAUACCAAAGCCAGCCACGCCCGUCUCCUUGGGCUAUGAGGCGGGCGCAAGAUGUGUGCGUACUCCAACCUCAGGCUCAGCGCUGGGCGCGCGCUUCGAUUCACUGAAGAGUGUAGCGGCUUCGAUGUCCAUUGAGGAAGAGUCCUAUGAUGUGCCACGCCCACUGUUGCAGUCACAGGCAACGCAGCAUACGCUUACGCCAAGCAGCUCAGCGUCGUCGCUGCUCACGAGCGACAGCUUGUCGCUGAGCUUCUCCAGCUCCAAUCGCAGCAGCUUGGCCAACAUGCCCGACUAUGAUGUACCCCGCCGUAAUCCGCUGCCCGUGCGCCCACGCCCACAUGCCUGCACAUACGACUUUCCACUGCCACCGCUGCAGGAGCAGGAGCAACGUGUUGCACCCACAAAUACCAACAAUGCCGUCAAAGAGCUGCCAUUGGAACUGAACUCAGCGCUGGAAACUUUAGCCAAACUGCAGUCGGAGACGACUACGGCCAUAACGCGUCUGCUUAGCUUUGUUGUGCCCAAUUGGCGUACGCGCGCCCAACUGGAGCCCAAUCUAAUGGAGCUGAAGUUGGCUGCACUGCGUCUGCGCACCGCUUUGCAUGAUCUGGCGGAGUUUGGCGAAGGCGCGCUGGGCAAUGCGCAGAAAUCGGAGGAUCGCAAUUUGGCCUUGAAGCUGCGACCACUGGUGCGUGCUCUGAGGGAUGCCAGCAAGCUCAUACACGACUCCUCCAUGGCACUGGAUGCACAGGGAGGUUGGUCAGUGGAUCAGCUGGCACGCAGCGAUGAGAAGCACGGCUGCCGGCCACCCGAUAGCCUGGAUCAGCUCAUGGCCUGCGCACAGACGUUGACUGAGGAUGUGCGCUCCACCACGAGUUUCAUUCAAGGCAACGCCUCGUUGCUGUUCAAGCGUCAACUGCCCACGGAGCUGAUGCUGAAUGCCAGCCAAAAUGGCAAUGGCAGCCGCAGCAGUGCCGAGUGGCUAGAGGACUACGACUAUGUAGCCUUCGAGUCCAAGGAUGCAGCGGCCAAGAAGCAUCAGUCGCUGCGGGAUGCCAUACCAGCUGGACUGAAGACGCAAUUUGAUAGCGCACUCAAAAUAGCCGAGAGCAGCGCUGUGGGCUCCACGCCCUCUUUGCCACCCACUACGCCCACUCCUACCAAAUCCCCUGAGCUGAACGACAAGGAUAAGAAGCUGGUGCGUUACUAUGCGCAGCAAAUCUCAACGCACAUGGGCAACCUCCUCCAAGCGAUCGACUCGUUCCUGGAAACUGUCGAGAAGAACCAGCCACCCAAGUAUUUCAUUGCCUAUGGCAAGUUUGUUGUGGUCAGUGCGCAUAAUCUGGUCACCAUUGGCGACAAUGUGCAUCGCAAUAUCUCCAAAGAGGCGCUGCGCGAGAAGAUUCAGCACUGCACCAAUGAACUCUUUGAAGCGCUCAAGACCUGCGUGCUCAAGUCGAAGAAGGCGGCAGCGCAUUUCCCCAGCGGCAGUGCGGUGCAGGAGAUGGUCGACUCGGUGGUGCAUAUUAAUAGUCUGGCACGUAAUCUCAAGGCGGUCAUGCUCCAAGCCGUGCAGCUGUCCGCCGGAGACGGGGCUUGAGCUACAGCGUUUGCUUAUUUGAACAUUGGUUCAGGCUUUUGAAGUCUUCCAGGCUGGCAGGCGUUAUGCUCCUUACUGGUAAUCAUGCUUCCUCUAUGCAUAAUCCUUUCAAGGCGCGCCUUUCAUUUACUUGGCACAUAUCCCAGCAACGCACCGCAACGAUCAGCAGUCCAACGAUAAUUUGCAUUGUGAUAUUUUUUCGAGCGAACAUCAAGAAAAUGCACAUGGCCCUUAAUCCCGCUAAGAUCAUUUCAUCAUGUCCACAGAUCCAGCACCCCCCCACACAUUUUCAACUUAAACUUAGUUGUACUUAUCGUUAGAGUUAUGUUAGUUCUAUUUCGUUAUUUGUAUAUAGCCAGCAUAUCCUAUAAAGUCCUUAAAUAUGUAAGCUUUUGUAUAUUUGUAUUUCAUUGCAAAUUGUAUGGUAUCAGUGAAGCAUUUCAGAAACUAAAUUAAUAUUAAACAACCUGUAGUCGUAUACUAUAUAAUUAUUGUAUCAGUAGCUUUACUAUCAUUCAUAUAUUCAGAUACAUACAAACAUGCAAGCAUAGUCAAAAAAUCUGUAAGAUUUGCAAUACACAUUUUUCGUUGUUCGCAAAGCAUUAGUCAGCAAUAUACAUACAAAACAUAUAUACCAUUAGUUAUAUUAAGUACGUAUCUAUGUAUGUAAUAAUAAAAAUAUACUAAUUUGAUGAAUGCAAUAUAUGCAAACACAUC